AUGAAACUGUACUACGAAGCAUUUCCCGCCGGAAGGCCCACAAGAAUAGUGAUUACUGUUACUUGUUUAUUCUCCUUCAUUUUAUAUGGUUUUGAGCAGGGCGCGUUGGCCAACAUUCAGAAUCAUCCUGUUUUCCAGAAGCAGUUCGGCUACCCAACCGGAAACUAUCUCGGAAUCAUUGUCUCGAUCUACAACCUCGGAAGUUUCUUUGGAUGUCUUGCCAACUUGUAUCUUGGUGACAGACUUGGAAGAAAAAAGACCAUUUGGUUUGGUUUCACAUUGGUGAUUAUCGGAACUAUACUUCAGACAAGCAGUUAUGAAGUUGUGCAGCUAUUUAUUGGACGAUUCAUCUCUGGUUUAGGAACCGGAUUGGAAACAAGUACAGUCCCUAUGUUCCAGGCAGAGGUGACUCCUCCUGAGAAGCGUGGUGGAAUGGUUGCAGCAGAACCUCAAGGUGUGGCCCUUGGAAUUUCUAUUUCCUACUGGAUUGGAUACGGUUGCAGCAAAAGAUUCGAUCAAACGUCCUGGAGACUUCCUAUUGGUAUCCAAAUGUUGUUCGCUGUUUUGGGAUGGGUCAUGUUGUUCUUCUGUCCAGAGUCUCCAAGAUGGCUCAUGAAGAGAGGAUACGUUGACGAUGCCAAAACUUCGCUUUCGAGAAUCAAUAACGUGUCGAAGGACGACGAUUCUGUCAACAAGCUUAUUAACGACAUCCUCUACUUGCAAGAGAUGGAGGGAGAAGGUGACCGUAUCAGUUGGAGAAUGAUUUUGCGUGGCCAGGAUGCCAUGCACGGAAGAUUUAGAAUUUUCCUAGCCAUGCUUGUGCAGUUCUGGAACCAGUUCGGAGGUGUCAACCUUGUUGUCUACUACGUGCCAAUGGUGCUUGAGAGCAACGUUGGAAUGAGCACCAACAUCUCCACCAUUCUUGGUGGCUGUAUCAUGAUUACCUUCUUCUUCUUCGGUUUCAUCCCUACUUUGUGGCUGGACAAAAUUGGAAGAAGAACUGCGUUGAUCUCUGGAUCGCUGGGACAGAUGGUGUCGAUGAUGAUGAUCACUAUCCUGCUGAGAAUUGGCGGAAAGAAGUGCUCUGCCGGUUCUGUGGCCUUCUUCUUCACCUACAUGGCCUUUUUCGGAGCCGCCAUGAACUGUGUUCCAUGGGUCUAUGGUGCAGAAAUUCUGCCAUUGCAACUCAGAGCCAAGGGUACUGCCAUCAGCACCUCUACAAACUGGAUCUCCAACUUCGUGAUUGCUAUGAUCACCCCUAUCAUCACCGAGAACCUCGGAUGGAAAACAUACAUCAUUUUCACGAUGACCAACGCCGCUGCCGCAGUGACUAUUUUCCUCUUCUGUCCAGAAACCACGAGGCGCACAUUGGAGGACAUCGAGAGUAUUUUCCUGGGACAGACCACCAUCUUCCAUGGUGUGGUUGCUCACAGACCAUUCAAUGACACAGAUGUCAAGCCUCUUGCCGAAGUGGAGCAUGUGGAGAAUGCCGACAAGCUUCUCGAGUCAACUUCGGUUUAG